AUGAAGUUUUUCAUCUCUUCUUUGGCUUUACUUUCCACUGUGGCCGCUCACGGUUUUGUCCACGAUCUCAAGCUUGGAGCAGAUUCUUGGUACACAGGCUCUCUUCCCUUCACAGAUGAAUGGCAACAAGGUGGACCACCAGCACGUAUUGUUUGGCCCUUUUAUUCCAACGGAAAUGGUCCCGUCACCGAUGUUUCUUCCUCUGGAAUAGCCUGUAAUGUCGUAUCUUUAGUCUCUAGAUCACAACUGGCUGAUGCCGAUGAAAUCCCUGCCGGCUCUACAGUUUCUUUUUACUGGACCGACUGGCCAUCCGGUCAUAAAGGCCCCAUUAUGACGUAUCUUGCGUACUGCGGUGACAACACACUGUGUUCUGAAGUUGAAGAUGUCACGACACUUGAAUACUUUAAAAUUGAUCAGAAAGGAUACAAUUCAGAUUCCAAAACAUGGGCCACGGACGACUUGAUUUCGAAUAACAAUUCCUGGACUGUCACUUUGCCCAGCGAUAUUGUGGGCGGUAACUAUAUUGUGCGUCACGAAAUUCUGGCUCUCCACGAAGCAAUGGUCCUUGAUGCCCCCCAGUUUUAUCCAAUGUGUGCCAACCUCAAGAUUGCAAGUGGUGGAGGCACCGCCAAGCCUAGUGGUGUCAAGUUCCCCGGUGCUUAUAAAGAUACCGAUCCAGGUAUUUACAUCAAUAUUUAUGACGGUCAAGAUUUGUCACAGUACGUGUUCCCGGGACCAGAAGUAUACACGGCUGGCUCUGUUGCUGAUACUGCGGCUGAAGUAACCACUUCCGUUGCAGCCCAGCCUGAUUCAACCACAACCUCCUCUGCCUGGUCGUCUGCUUGGACCAGUUCCUGGUCUUCUUCCUGGUCUUCAUCAUAUUCUUCUUCUUCUUCCAGCUCGGAUCCCAUUUCUACUCCUACUCCUACUCCAUCUACCUCUUCAUCAUCUGAAGCUCUCACUCUGACUACAAUUCCUGGAGCUUCUUCCUCUACCUCACAUCACUGGGACUCCACAUCUACAACCACAGUCACCUCUACCGUUACCUCCACUACUUCAAUUGAUUACUCCACCACCUCCAGUGCCACUUCUUCGAUUAUUUCAUCUUCUUCUUCAUCUUUUUCUGCAGUCUCUUCUUCUGCCUUUUCCGCCGACGAAUCGACUGUCUCUGCAGAGUCCUCUGAAAAUGCUCCAGCAAGCUCCUUUUCUUCUUCCUUGCUGUCUGAGACCUUUUCAAGCGACUUCUUCGGUGCUUCUUCUUCGGCAACUGCCUCCGAAUUUUCUGCAAUUGCCUCAGACCUUUCUGCAACUGCUUCUGUUUUAGAAACUAAUGCAGCUAGCUCUAGUGUUGCUGAAACCAGCACAAGUGAAUCUAACAUUCAAAGUAUUAGCACUUCCACCACAAGUUCUAUAACAUCGGAAUCAUCCGUUGUUUCAAGUAUCAUUGAUCCUUCAUCUUCUGCUAUUUCUUCAACCUCUGAGAAUAUUGAUCCUCUUAUUUCAGAAACUUCCAGUGAAUCUACCUCCCCUUCUUCCACUUUCGAGUCUACUCUGUCCUCAACCACAGACUCCUCUUCAUCUGGUUCUGGCUCUGCUUCUAUUUCUAUUUCUACCUCUGCUUCCACCACUUCAGGCUCCAGUUCUUCUUCUGAUCUCUUAAACCCUUCAGAUUCUUCGGGUUCAACAACCACUGCCGCUUCUGAUUCCCCCACUGUAACGCCUACAGCCUCUCGUCUUCACUCCCACCACGUUCACUCCUCUUCAACUUCUUUGCUCAGCGCAACCGCUACAAUCACCCCUACUUACACUCUCGUUCUAACAUCCACCAGCUAUACCAGCAGCCUUCCUUCUUCUUCUUCUUCUUCUCCGUCCUCCUCCUCAGCAGCUGCUGCAGCACAAUCUUCACCCACAACAGCUCAAUACUCAGUUGUAAAAACAACAAUCCCAGGAGGCGUGGACUACGUUUAUAUGACAGUAUACGCUGACCCAGCUAUUGUGUACCAGACGCAGGUCGUUUGGGCUACAGCUUUUGCUACAGCUUAUGCUACAGCCUAUAACGAAAAACUGUGA